AUGAAUUCCAAGCCUCCCGCACCAACUAUUGGCGUGACCAGUGUCCCAUCAGGUGAGUGGGCCCACCGAGCUCAAGAGUUCGCAGUGAAAGUCACUGGUGUGCUUAACACUAAACGCCGAUUCAAUAUCGUCGCCCCCCUGUUCUCGUUGAGCCUUCUUGAUCUUCGACGCGAAUCAACAAUGCGCGACCCGACAGAGCGAAACAGCGCAGCCAAAAAAGCCACGUGGACCGGCCUUAACUUCCAACAGCUAGUUUCUUUUGAAAAGUCACAUGCUGAAGGCGUCCUAGCCCAGGCGACAGGCAAGCUACUUGAAGGUGACAGCUCGUGCAUGCAUUGCAGCACCGGAACGGACAAUUUUGAUGGAUGCAUCAGGGUCCCCGCACAUGAACAUUGCACCAACUGUCACUACGGUCGCCAAAGUAAUCACUGUUCUCUUCGCAGUGAUAGCAGCGCCCCGGGCCCCACAGCGACUUCUGGCCAGCCGGAGGCUAACAUGCCCACUAGCCGUGGAGAGCUGCAGGGGCUACUUGUUCAGGCUAUGAAGCACAGGUAUGAGUUUUUGAGACUUGUGGACAAUGUCUUGGGCCAGAGAGAUACAGAAAACGAAUCAAUUGGCCGUGCAAUCCACAAUUUGAUCUGA